GCCGGAAACCAACAACGAGAAGAAGAGACGAAGGGCGGAAGAGAAGAAGUGCACUCCGUUGAGAUCCCUUCGCAGUGCUGGCUAACAUGGAUGCUACCAUGGAAAACAUCGAACACACGCUACCGCUAUACUCUAAUAAUGCAAAAAAGAAAAGUAAAAAGAAAGUGAAUUCAGAAUACACAUACAAAUUGUCUGAAUAUGAAACAAUGGACUUUGUGAAAUUGCGUGUAUCAAAUCGCUAUAUGUUUACCGGGAGGAGAAAUGCGUCUCGACUGGCCUGGAGGGCUAUCCUCAAACAUAUGGGCUUGCAGGGGAAGAUGACUGCCAGUCAGGCAAUGAAAAAAUGGGAAAAUCUGAAAAAGAGAUAUAAGGAGCUGAAGUACCCUCCACCAGGGGUGCAGGUGUUCCCUCACAGUUGGCGUUGGUAUGAUCUGAUGAGUGAUGCCAUGGAGGGACGUCUUGCUGGCUCUGCCCCCAUCAUAGGGCCCCUCCCUCCGGGCACCAGUGAAAGUGACUUCCUCCCCGACGCUCGGCCCAGGAAAAGAUCCAUGAUUGGGGGGAUGGGGAUUAUGGGGAUGCAUUGCGACGUGGACGAGAUGGACAAUGAGCGGGCAGCGCUGGAGACAGAGCGGGCCGCGUUGGAGGGCGAGCGAGAGGUGAUGGGGCGAGAGCGCAUGGCGCUGGAGAGAGAGCAAGCGGGCCUAGAGAGAGAGCUGGCCAACCUCGACCGGGAACGUGCCCAGUUGGAGCGAGAGAAAGCAGCGGUGGAGAGAGAGCGGGGGCUGAUAGAGAAGGAGAAGGCGCAGGUGGCCCGAGACAGGCUGGCUGUAGACAGAGACAGAGCUCUACUGGCGGAGGGUAGGGCCGCGGCUGAAAACGGCGCGGAAGGCCAGAGCAGUAAAACGGGAGGACAGAGGGUCCCUGGAUCUUUGGAAAGAACAGAGCGGUUCCUCAAGAUGUUUGAGAAGUUGGUUGAGCGUAUGUGAAGAACACUUACAUGUUUGUUUACACUAGACUAGGCUAUUCAAUUGGAAAGUAAUUGGAUAUCAUUUGUAUUGGUUUUUAAUUUCCAUGAAUGUACAAAGUUUUCAGUGACGAAUCCUUUUUGUAUUGCUGUUCAGAGAUACCUGGUAUGCCUGUUUGUUAGCUGGGCUAGAAGCAUUUUGAAAUUUUACUGCCUAAGCUGUUGUACUAAAUCAGUUUAUUUCAAAAUCAGUUUGUAAGUACACACCUCGAUGGUACAUUUUCAAGGAAAACAUAAUAAAUCCAUUCCUGUGUUGGAGAGGUCAUUAAAACAACUUUAUUCAAUUGUGGUAUUUCCAUACAAAGCACACAAUAGCAGGCUGUUAUUCUUAACCCCAUCCAAACCCAACCAACCCCCCCCCCCUUUCCCAAGUCAAACAAUAGUCUAGAAAUCUUUAUUGAUAUAGGCUAUUGUGGUCAAAACAACUUUGAAAUGUAAUAUACCAAAUAUUGCAGUUCAUGUAAAAAAAUUUAC